UCGACCGGCGGGGCCAAAUCCGGGUUAACAACCAUUCUUCCUCUUCGAGUCCUCUGCUUUCCUCCACUCUUUACAACGCUUCCCAAAUUCCAACAUCACCUUCUUCGCCAAGUCGUUCUCUUUUUUCACAACCUUCUGCAUGAAGCACCUUAAUUAAAGAUACUAGUCCACCUUUACUCUCAGGAUCCUAUGUCGUCAUCUGUAUAUAUACAUAUCCGCGGAUCCGCUCCUGAGGUGCCACUUGAACGGAGAACGAUUGAAAACCCUUCUGUAGUAAUCCACAGCAGGAAAUCGCUUUUACUCACAGGUAAUUUUUAUGCAUCUCCGCUACUCCACUUUAUUCCUUUUGAUCGGAACUUGGAUUUGGUACGGUUUAAUCGCCUCCGGGGUUUUAGUUUCCAUCUGGUUUUACUGGGUUAGCCCCUUUCUGGGUUUUCGCAAGAAAGUUCGUAUCUUGGCACCGAAAUGUUCAAUUGAGUUGAUUGCAUGUUUUGUUAAUUUCGUUGCAAUUAUGAUAGGUGAGAUUUGCUGUUUGGUUCGUUGAUGGCUCGUUACAUUCCUCCAAACAAGCGGCACUCGGUGGAAAGUGGGAGGAGAGCACCCCCAACUCCAGAAGCGUUUGCUCUCCAGUUCAGGAGAAAUCUCGAUUUAAGCCCGAAUUCUAGCAUUGCUAGAAAGACUGGAAAGAUUAUUUACGCUAACAAUUCCAUAUCUAGAUGGUUUGCCGUUGGUUUGGAUGAUGAGCAUCAAUUCCCUCCUAACAUUUGGCUAAAGCCAGUUUUCUUGGAGUCCAUUCAGCGCAGAGAAGGAGAAACACCUCUAAUCUUAGUUAAUGAUAAGCAUUCAUCUGCAGAGAGUGAAGGAGUAGUACCAAGAUGCUUGAGAACUCCAUGGGACGUCAUAGCUGCAGAUGUGUUGGAGGGUUUGCUUUCUUCUUUCCGGAUAUUGAGGUCUGAAAUGGAGGCUCAGAGAUUGGAGAAGAUAAAGCCUACGCUAGUGGCUAGAUUUGGCAAGAUUGUUUUCCGCGAAAGCCCAUCAACGAGGCUUGUAAGUAUUUGUCAAAGAAAAAGGCUUGUAAGCAUAGGAAGUGAUCAGCAGCUGGAAGAUGCAUUGAUGAGAUCAAAACGCACAUUCUACACGAAUCUUCCCUCUUCUUAUGUGGAUAGUGUUCUUGAUCAAGUUGUCAACCCUGAGAUAGGGUUGGAGUUUGAGGAGCAGAGGGAUAUAUACCAUGUCAAGUUGUCUGAUAACAGAAAACCUGAUGCGACUCUCUCUUGCAAAUGUACUGUGAGGGAAGAAGAUAAAAAGCUGCAACUGCACAAGGUUGAAUUGAACCAAGUGCGGCAGAUGGUCACAGACAUAUCGUGUCUCGAUAAGAACAUAGACCUUCGGCUAAUGCUAUGCUCCAAGAGGAUCUUGACAUCUCUUACAGACGAUGAGAUGAGCAGCAUCCAAGAACUUAUCGACUGUGCAGUCGUAGAGGCAGAUGUGAAAGGUGGGCUGAAAUGGCCACUGGGGAAAAGAAUGUCUUCUGGAGAUAGGUACAGCGUUGUUGGGGUGUGGCACACAGUCCAUAAAGCUUUUAGUAACACAUCCCUCAGGCUUAAAGUUAGGGAUGCCGAUCGGUUCGAUUUCAUGAAAGGCACCGGGGAAGCAUCAAGGGAAGUGUAUGUGAAGUUGAAAGGGGUAGCUGCAGAGUUAUCACAGGCAAUGGAAGCUGAACGUGUGUGCAACAUGCUUAAAGCCAACUUAAGAGUGAUAUGGUUGCAUUUCCUCUCCUGCGAGAGCUUCCUGUGAAUGCUGUUGAUUAAUCCGAAAUGGCAGUAAUGUCAGAUGUAUGGAUUCGAAGGAUGUGACUAUUAAGCAAUACCAGAAGAAGGAUAAGUUUAGUUCUUGUCAUGUUGUUUUGUAUAAGCAAUGCAAGUAUUGAUAGUAGUAAGCUAUAUCGUGAUGUAGUAAGCAAUGCAAGUAAUGAUAGUAUAACCUUGCAAGCUGUUUUUGGCUGCAUGAAUAAUAUGCUUGUUGGUGCAAUGGUGGAAGUGAUCCAUGUUACCAUAAUUUUCGACUUGUGAGUUGCCCAACCUGAUGUGCCGGCUUGUUUUGGUAGGGUGGAUAUGGCAUAUGGGUAUUUAGUCUUGACCUGGCUCAUUCUCAAUCCAUGUACUUGUGAUCUAUGAAUAUCAAUAUGUUCAAAUGUCAAAAUGUAAUACUCGUUACUGAACUUCUAUUUAACGCACUAAAAAUGUCAUAUAUGACAAAAAUAAUAUGAGGCUUUCCGAAGUCCCAACAUGGCAACACACUGACACAGGGUCCUGAUUGCAAAUUUCAGGAAGUUACAGGCGAUAAAUUGUGAAUCCUCUA